GGUGGUUCGUGUCGAUCUGAGUCAGGUAGCUGAUAGCUACAACGCGUACGCUCCCCUGUCAGAGCGCUGUGCAGCCGCUGAUUUGAUUUGUGUUUUAUAGAACAGCAGGCCUUACCCCGGCUAUUUGAGGAACGCAAGGGCCAACACUAAUACAGUUGCAGCGGUUGCCUGUAAGCAGGAACGGACCUUCUCCCAGGCUGGGUGUGCUGGUCUGGCGUGGUACCGGCAGGCAGAGCAGUGAACCUGGGCUUUGCGCUGUCCAAGAAGACCCGAGAAGGGGGUUGGACCUGCUGCAGGAGAUGAAACCAGACCCGGCAAAGCCUGGGGCACGAACAGUUCUCGGGAUGGUCCCAUCUCGUGGCUGCUCUUGAACCUCCUUGCUGCAGUCACCCGGAUGAAGGUGGAGAACCUCAGCCUGCGUUCACCACGUCCCCGCUCUGCUGGGAAACCACACUUGGGAGAAAAUCGCCGUCGCUUCCUCGCUCUUCUGUGGAUGUAACACCCUGGUGUCCUUCGUCACGAGCCUGGAGCUGUCCUCUAUCAGCUGGAAAGAAGAAUGUCCCUGCUUGGCUGACGAGGCGCUGUGGCUUGUCCCCCAGAUUCCCCGGCUCGACGAGUCCUUACUCAUCCGCUUGUUCAGAGCAGGGAUUUCACGAGACCCCCCCCUCUGAGCCCCACGAGGACAUUUCUCGGCUGGUGGCCCGGUGGAAGCAGGAGAGCAAGAGCUGUAGGUGACGGUGGGGCUCCCGGAGGUGUGCCUGCCGCGGGGCUGGGUGCUCAGCUCCUGUAGCAGAGUCCAGAGGCACCUGUACAAGACCGAGGCGUGUCGGGAAACCUGAUGCCUCACCUCCUCCAAUGUGGAGGCGGAGGGAGGAGGGCCCAAAGACAUGUCCCUUCACGCUCGCAACAGCUGAAAACGGAGAAGGAGACUCGCUAGAGCCUUUUUAUACCAGCGCAGGAGGCCUCGCUGUCCCGCUCUCACCCCAGAAGCCCUCCUGUACUCCAGUACUCUGGGGGGGUGGCAUUCCCGCACCCGCCGGGCGAUGAACAUCACAAGGAGAAGAGGCUUUUACAGACAGGAGGUGAACAAAACCCUCUGGGAGCUGCCCAGGAGAUACACGUCCCUCCACCCCCUGGGGUCCGGAGCCUACGGCUCGGUCUGUUCAGCCAUAGACAAGAAGACAGGGGAGAAAGUGGCUAUCAAGAAGCUCUGCCGCCCGUUCCAGUCGGAGAUCUUUGCCAAGAGAGCGUACAGAGAGCUCAUGCUGUUGAAGCACAUGCAACACGAGAACGUCAUUGGGCUGCUUGAUGUCUUCACCUCCGCCGCCUCCUACCAGGGAUUCCAGGACUUCUACCUGGUGAUGCCAUACAUGCGGACAGAUUUACAAAAGAUCAUGGGACAUGAAUUCAGUGAUGAAAAGAUCCAGUACCUGGUCUACCAAAUGCUGAAAGGGCUGAAGUAUAUUCAUUCAGCCGGAAUCAUCCACAGGGACCUGAAGCCAGGCAACCUGGCCGUGAACGAAGACUGUCAGCUAAAGAUCUUGGAUUUUGGCUUGGCCAGACACGCUGAUGCUGAAAUGACCGGCUAUGUGGUUACACGCUGGUACAGAGCCCCAGAAGUCAUUCUGAACUGGAUGCAUUACAACCAGACAGUGGAUAUCUGGUCUAUUGGCUGCAUCAUGGCAGAAAUGCUGACCGGGAGAACACUGUUUAAAGGAAAAGACUACCUAGAUCAACUGACUCAGAUCUUGAAAGUAACGGGGCAUCCAGGAGAAGACUUCGUGGAGAAGCUGGAGGACAAAGCGGCUAAGAGUUAUAUCAAGUCCCUUCCAAAAAUCCCCAAGAAGGAUUUGUCCGUGCUUUUCCCCAAAGCCAAUCCGCAGGCAGUGGACCUGCUUGAUAAGAUGUUGCAGCUGGAUGUGGAAAAGCGCCUUACAGCGACGGAGGCAUUGGCUCACCCCUAUUUCGACCAGUUCCGAGACAUUGAGGAGGAGACAGAAGCGCAACAGUCCUAUGAUGAUUCUCUGGAACAUGAAAAGCUUUCGAUAAAUGAAUGGAGAAGUAAGUUUAGCUUCUUUGAAGUUCCUGUCCAGCACGGGACUUUCCUGCCUCUCUUUCUUUCCUGUGCACGUGCUGAGCGAGGCUGCGAUUGCCUGCUGGUGCCUCGAUGAUCGCGCACAUCUCCCUUUCCUUGCUCUUGCUUUUAUGCAUUCGGCAAAGAUCCCUCCAUCUCUUCAGGCUCUCUUUUUGCCUUUCUGCUUUCUGUCUCUUCCUCCCAGCUUGUACUUGCCAUAUCCUCUCCACUGAAUGCCUCCUCUCUGCACGUAUAACAGUCAAAUUUUCAUUUCUGUCCUCUAAAAUCACACACGCUAGUGAUAUUCACGACUAUUUUGUUCUGUUUUUCUAGAGCAUAUUUACAAGGAGAUCUUGUCCUUCAGUCCCAUUGCACGGAAGGACUCAAAGAAGCGAAGUGGCAUGUCAUUAUAGCGACCG